GAGCAUAAAAUGUCAAAUUGAUUUUCUACCAAGAGGAUUUCUCCUCAGCUGGAAUCUUAAUUGACUUUAUUUACAUUUGCUGAUCAAUAUAUAUAUAUAUAUAUAUAUAUAUUAUGGCUUGCUUAAUGAAAACGUUGAAAUUGGUAGAAAACCUUAGCAAAGGUAACCAAUUAUUAAUGCGUCAGUCAGCCAGAACAAUGGCCGGAUGGAAUAAGGACUACAAACCUGGAGCCUAUCCUAAAACAGAAGAAGAGCGGGCAAUCGCUGCUAAGAAAUAUAAUUUAUUACCUGAAGAAUAUAAACCUUACGCCGACAACGGUUUGGGAUACGGCGAUUAUCCCGAAUUGCCAGGCGGUUUAGGUGUAGAGGCUCGCGAUCCGUACUACCCGUACGAUUAUCCGGAACUGAAGCGUAAUUUUGGUGAAACGAUUCAUGCUGACUACGAUCUUUAUAGCGAGGAUCGCUGGUCUCAACCAUCGCAGCCACGUUUUUCCAACAGUGGUUAUUGGCUAUCCUUUUUGGGUGUUAUGGCGGGUUGCCUCAUUCUGUAUUACGGUAUAGAUGAUUACAAGAUGUAUCGGCCAGUCGCAGCUAAACAAUAUCCUGGUGAAGGUCGCGUUCAUUAUACAUUUGAAAUGGAAUAAGUUUAUCGGUUUAUAGGUUUUCCGUGGUAAAGAAAUGUAAACAGACAAAUGUAAAACGAUGUAAUUAGAUAAUAAAAAAUUAAAACAAUUGUCACAAA